ACACUACAGGAAGCGGCUAUAGCAAGCCAAAAGAAGAUACCUUUGAGUUUUGCCUUUAUUGACUGCCCAGUCCAAUCUAGUUGGUAUCUUCAUCAACUUCGGGAUACGCCAAAUCCAUCCCACUAGAGCAUGCUACUUCCCAACGUCUCUCUCUCAUCCUCUUUUAACAGCCAAGAUUUUUCAGAUGAGACCGAAAAUUACUGCCCCAGCUGUAGCCUGCAGGCUGCAAGUCUUUUUCUAGCUCCUUCAUUGGAGCUGUCUGCAUAUGGAUAAUCCUAAAGUUUGAAUUUAUAUAUAUAUAUAGGAGUCCUUUUGUUGAAGGGCAGCCCAAGAUUCACGUGCAACAACAGAUCUAUUCUUUUUGGAUAAAGUAUAACGAAUUUUGAAUUUGUUAUAGCAAAAAAGAUACACACUUUUUUGGAAACACUCCUUUGGUGUGAUAUAUUUUUAUAGAGGGACCAUGACAUUCUGUGGGGAAUGGAUAAAGGGGGUGGGUUUUCUGUGAGGAUCUUGUGAUUUCCUGAGAUGGGUAGGGGUUGGUUUGUUGGGAUUUUGGUUGUGUGGUUGUUGGGUAUUGGUGUGCAAGGUUACCCGGUCGAGGAUCUGGUCGUGAGGCUGCCUGGACAGCCUACGGUCCAGUUCAGGCAGUAUGCUGGGUAUGUUGAUGUGGAUGUCAAGGCUGGGAGGAGCUUGUUUUACUAUUUUGUCGAGGCAGACAAAGAAGCUGACAAGAAGCCCCUCUCCCUCUGGCUCAAUGGAGGUCCAGGUUGUUCCUCUCUUGGUGGAGGUGCCUUUACAGAGUUGGGUCCAUUUUAUCCUACAGGUGAUGGCCGAGGCCUUCGAAGAAAUUCAAUGUCAUGGAAUAAAGCAUCGAAUCUCCUCUUUGUUGAGUCUCCUGCUGGAGUAGGAUGGUCAUACUCAAACACAAGUUCAGAUUAUACAUGUGGAGAUGCCUCCACUGCUAGGGAUAUGCAUGUCUUUUUGUUGAAAUGGUACGAGAAGUUUCCAGAUUUCAAAUCCAGAGAACUUUUUCUCACUGGAGAAAGCUAUGCAGGGCAUUACAUACCACAACUGGCUAUUGCUCUACUGGACCAUAAUGCACAUUCAACUGGUUUCAAGUUCAAUAUCAAAGGGGUUGCUAUUGGGAAUCCACUUUUAAGACUUGAUCGGGAUGUUCCAGCAACCUACGAAUUCUUUUGGUCACAUGGAAUGAUUUCUGAUGAAAUUGGCCUUGCCAUCAUGAAUGAAUGUGAUUUUAAUGACUAUACCUUUGCAAGUCCUCACAAUGUGACAGAAUCAUGCGACCAUGCCAUAAAUGAAGCAAACGGCAUUGUUGGUAAUUACAUAAACAAUUAUGAUGUGAUCCUUGAUGUCUGUUAUCCAUCUAUAGUAGAGCAAGAGCUGAGAUUGCGGAAAUUGGCUACUAAGAUAAGUGUUGGGGUUGAUGUGUGUAUGAGCCUUGAAAGACGCUUCUAUUUCAAUCUUCCUGAAGUUCAGAGAGCUCUUCAUGCAAAUCGUACCAAAUUACCUUACAACUGGUCUAUGUGCAGUGGUGUUCUGAAUUACAGUGAUACUGAUGGUAACAUUGACAUUCUUCCCUUGCUCAAAAGAAUAAUCCAAAAUCGUAUUCCAGUUUGGGUUUUCAGUGGGGAUCAAGAUUCUGUUGUGCCGCUGCUUGGCUCACGGACACUCAUCCGAGAACUGGCUCAUGAUAUGAAUCUCAAGAUUACAGUACCAUAUGCAGCUUGGUUUCACAAAGGCCAGGUGGGUGGUUGGGCGACUGAGUAUGGCAAUUUGUUAACUUUUGCCACAGUAAGGGGUGCUGCACACAUGGUACCCUAUGCACAGCCAUCAAGAGCAUUGCAUCUAUUCAGUUCAUUUGUCCAUGGCAGGAGAUUGCCGAACACAACACGACCUUCAAUUGAUGAUUAAGAAGGUUUUACCUUUCAUUUACAAUGUGAUCACUAGUUUCAAUUUGUUUCAUGAUUCAGAAAUGUCUCACUCAAAGGCAUUAAAAUAGAAUUGGUCUUUCAGUGGUAAUAAUGAAAAAUAGUAACAAUUGCAAUUGUAUUUGGAGAAAAGGAUAGAAUCAAAACAUCAUCAAGAACAGGACUUUUCUGCA